AUGGCGUCUGAGAUGCAAAAUUCGAACCCUACGAUCCUAAAUUCCGCCGACUUGCCUACGCGGUUGCGUCCCGUAGUGUCUAAGUCCGGUGCCUUUAAGACCAGUAGUGUCUUUGCAACUGCGCUUCCUCCAUAUCCAAUCGAUCUCCUGUCCACUAGCCCUCCGUCGUCUGUGGAAUCUGACAACGAUGGUGAUUUGAUGGAAGAGCCUAUUGACGAGCAGGAGAUUUAUGAUCUUAUCUCGACUAUAUCCGACCCGGAGCACCCGAUAUCUCUGGGAGCGCUUGCCGUGGUCUCGCUUCCGGACAUCUCAAUUGUACCAACGCUUCCAGAUGUCCCGAAUUCACCCCUGCGGACGGUCACCGUCCUCAUAACUCCGACGAUUACACACUGUAGUUUGGCUACCGUUAUAGGACUCGGCGUCCGUGUUCGACUCGAGCAGUCUCUUCCACCCCGCUUCCGCGUCGAUACAAGAAUCAAAGAAGGGACACAUAGCACUGGCGACGAGGUCAACAAACAGCUAGCUGAUAAAGAAAGAGUGGCUGCUGCUUUAGAAAAUGGGACCCUCAUGGGUGUCAUUGCUAAGAUGCUGGAAACAUGCCAGUAA